CCAAACCAAAAUAGACUACAAUAACCAUCGGCAAACAAACCAAGUCAACCUAAAGCCUUAGGCACCAUGGCAACCUCUGCUAUCCAACAAUCUGCUUUCGUUGGCCAGACCGCUUUGAAGCAGUCCAAUGAGCUCUUACGCAAAGUCGGAGCUUUCGAUGGUGGUCGUGUUACCAUGCGCAGAACUGUGAAAAGUGCCCCUACCAGCAUCUGGUAUGGCCCUGACCGUCCAAAGUACUUGGGUCCAUUCUCAGACCAAAUCCCAUCAUACCUGACAGGUGAAUUCCCUGGUGACUAUGGGUGGGACACUGCUGGGUUAUCAGCUGACCCAGAGACAUUUGCUAAGAACCGUGAGCUUGAAGUGAUCCACUGCAGAUGGGCAAUGCUUGGUGCCCUUGGUUGUGUCUUCCCUGAAAUUCUUUCAAAGAAUGGAGUUAAGUUCGGAGAGGCAGUUUGGUUCAAAGCUGGAUCUCAAAUAUUCUCCGAGGGCGGCCUUGACUAUCUUGGCAACCCAAACCUUAUCCAUGCUCAGAGCAUUCUUGCAAUCUGGGCUUGCCAAGUUGUGCUCAUGGGAUUUGUUGAAGGAUACAGAGUUGGUGGGGGACCACUCGGUGAAGGACUGGACCCAAUUUACCCAGGUGGUGCUUUCGACCCACUUGGACUGGCUGAUGAUCCUGACGCGUUCGCAGAAUUGAAGGUUAAGGAGAUCAAGAAUGGCCGCCUUGCAAUGUUCUCCAUGUUUGGAUUCUUUGUCCAGGCAAUUGUCACAGGAAAGGGUCCCAUUGAGAACCUCUUUGACCACCUUGCCGAUCCGGUGGCCAACAACGCAUGGGCUUAUGCCACUAACUUUGUCCCCGGAAAAUGAACUUAGAUUAUAGAUAUGUCUCUGAAAGCUGUAACAUUAAUUGCUAUGUAGCAUCUGUUGCUGUGUACUGAUGUAAUUCACUGCUAGUCUUUGAGCUGUUGUAUCAUUAAAUCCAUAUCCUUUUUCCCUGAAA